UCAUGCAUUGCCUGAACCUUUUUAUUCCUAUUCCCCCUUUCUUCAACUAGAGCUUCUAAAGAUACAUACUAAUAAAGCGAGGGAAUUAGUUGCCUAUAAGAAUUCAUCCCAUCCUCCCCCCUAAAAUCAUCUGUAGCAAAAAAAUGGCGAAACACUUGGGGUUUCUGUUCUGCAUCUUGAUCAUAGUCAUGGACAUUGUGGCCGGAAUACUUGGCAUUGAGGCUGAAAUCGCUCAAAACAAGGUGAAACAUUUGAGGGUGUGGAUAUUCGAGUGUAGAGAUCCAAGCUAUGAGGCUUUCAAGCUAGGGUUGGCUGCAGCAAUUUUUCUGGCCCUUGCUCACAUCAUCGGUAACUUGGUUAGUGGGUGCAUUUGCGUUUGGUCCAAGCAAGAUUAUGCCAACUCCUCAGCUAACAGGCAAUUAGCAGUUGCUUCCCUCAUUUUCUCUUGGAUCAUAUUAGCUGUUGGAUUAUCGAUGCUGAUCGUAGGAACAAUGGCGAAUUCGAGAUCUAGAAAAUCGUGUGGACUAGCUCACCAACGACUCCUGUCUAUAGGAGGGAUUUUAUGUUUCGUCCACGGAAUGUUCAUUGUCGCCUACUACGUGUCCGCCAAAGCCGCAGCAAGAGAUGAAAAGGAGCGAAGAAACCAUCCCGGAUCAGGUGCUGCAGCCCAUGUUUAGAAUGCCAUCUCUCCUCUCUUUUUGGGCUUCUUUGUGAUCAUCACAAGAUUGCCUUUGCCAGAUUGGGUUUUAGACAAUUCUUUUGUUAACGUUUGUGUUGAUCAUGAUGUAUUUGAUUGUAAAUGCUAACUAGAAAUGACAAUAGAUCCCACAAAUGGGUAUGUAUAUAUUUCGUUAAUCCUUACAUUGAUAUUGCAAGAAAGAGAUGUUCCACUA